AUGUCUGCAGUGCAACCUCCCCAGGUCUUAUUCUUUGAUACGUUCGGUACCGUCGUCGAAUGGCGAACCUGUGUCACAAACGCCCUGCGUCUUGCAGCUAAGCAAGCACUGGAUGAUCCGAGCAAGGAUCUCCCCGUGGAUGUGCGCCAGCGUGCAGCCUCUCUCAGCGAAUCGGAUUGGCAAUCUCUCGCUCAGGAUUGGCGAUCGUCCUACGGAAGAGGGAUUCGAGAGCUUUUUAACGAUGAUGAGUUGUGGGACUUGACUCUAUCCUGGCAUCGGCUUAACCCAUGGCCCGAUAGUGUUGCAGGCCUAGACCUGCUGAACACAAAGUUCACCACCUCUACUUUAUCCAACGGCAAUAUGUCUCUCCUUGAGGACCUCAAGAAAUAUGGUCAUCUACCCUUCAAUCAGCUUGUCAGCUCAGAGAAUUUUCGAGCAUAUAAACCUUCGCCGAUCGUAUAUCAUGGCGCGGCAGAUCUUCUUGAACAUACUCCGGCACAAUGUGCUCUGGUAGCGGCACAUCUCAGUGAUUUGAAAGCUGCUAAAGGCUGCGGCUUCCAGACAAUCUACGUUGAGCGAGAAUUAGAAGAGGCUUGGUCUUCUGAUCGUAUUGCACAGGCCAAAGCAGAAGGUUUCGUUGAUAUUUGGGUGGGCUUAAACGAAGGCGGUUUUGUGGAAGCUGCCCGGAGAUUGGGAAUUACGGCUUAA